UUUAGCCCUUAUUUCCGACUUUAGCCCUUUUUAGGUACUAUUACACGAUUAUUUACUUCUAAAAUGUUAUGUCCGAUGCAAUACCAUAGUGUAAACCUUCGAACGAUUGCUUCAAUUUCUAUCGUUGUACUAUUUUCACUGGGCCAUCGUUUUGCAUCUGUCAGCGUCAAUUCGUAAACAAACCGUUAACCCGGUGUCGCACUCACGAAUAUCUACAUAGCUGGUAGAAAGGAAUGCUGAAGCACCAUAACGGCAACGGAACGAAAUUAUAGAAUCUGUUUCAAUAACAGUUGGUUCGCAAGGCGGCAUGGACAACCUGAAGCACGGUAUCGAUGGGGACGACACGCCAAAGCGGGGAUCAUUUUUAGCGCCGUCCGGCAGUGAAUCAUCAUCACAACAAACAGCGACUAGCGCAGAACCAUUAUCGGUCAACGUAAGUUCCGGUAAGGGAAGGUCCACCCUGCAUGGCGAUUCGUAUCAGCUGCGUUUGGGGUUGGUGAUUUUGUUACGAGCGUUCAGAGCGUAUCAGGAGGAUUGCACAUUCGAAUUUGAGAUCGCGAUGGAGGAUCCUGCCGGAAAAGAUUUCGAUGACAUCAUGUACCACUUCUCAUCGCCACGCCUACCGUCGGGCACCGUCAGUGUGCAGGCGAAACAUAAGCGUGAUGGUAAAAAGUCAAUGCUGACGGAAGGCAUGCUACUGGCUCCAGCAAACUGCACCAGCUCCUCAUUUUCGAUCCCAAAGUACUUCAUAUCCUUUCUACAGGUAGACCAACACCUUAAGACGAACACGCACACGUACGUACUGUGCACGAACGGUACGUUGGACGAAGGCUUAGAGGAUCGUUUAAUGGUCAGGCGAAACUGCGCACAUGAUGGGUUACAGUUUUGCGUUGAUAUUGGGGCGUCCUGCUACCAAAUUAAUCCGACGGCAGCACGUAAGAAGCUAGAGAAAAGGCUACUCGACUCGUGCGCGCUAGAGCUAGGCAAGGUACUGGCAGCAGACGUGUGGAACGGAACGGAAAUCACUUUCUCGAACCCAAUGUACAACACGUUUGCCAGUUUGCUGCGCGAAUGUGUUCAAUCAUUAGAGUCGGAAAAAAACGAGCCAUCAUGCUUUAAGCUUAGUGAAGCAUUUUUCGAGCCACCCACCACAUCGUCAGCGAUCGCGAGUGUUAGAGCUGGGUUUGAGAAAGCGUACAGAAGGAUAGCAAACGCUGCUGGAUCGGAUAUUAGAGCGGUGCUGAACGAGGUCGUACUCAAGAUCGAUGGAACAACCCUGUCAACCGUGCUCGCCGAAGCGAACCCUCUAGAAAGGACACUAAAGAAAUUCUACGACUCGUUCGUGCUGGUGUGUAACUCACUGCACGAAGAGGACAUGUACGGCAGGGCAGUCGAAUUGCUUCCCAACUGGUGCAAUGGUGCCGUGGUUGUAGACAGCCUGCACCUGCAGAUGUUCAAUGCAAUCAAGAGCGAGCGUCCUGUCCCGAUCAAUGUUAACCGUUUGCAGCAAUGGUUUCGUGCAACGGGCGUGACCCCAUCCAUAGCGCAAUUGAUGUACAGCUCGAAGGAAUAUAUUGAACCGUUGCGCCUAAAAUAUCCCCACAUUGAAAUAGCCCCGGACCGCUUGUCUUGCUCCACCCUAGCCAAAUUCCUUCAGCGCGAUGGAGGUUGCGGGGUUUAUGAGUUCGGUAGUUCGCUCGGUUCGAAGCUAGGCUCGCUGGUUGUUGCUCAAACGCUACCGUUGCUGCAAUACGAAGCAUUAUUCGUCGAUGGUACGAACUGCCGAGAGCUGCGAAACGCGAACGAAGCUCUUCCCGCUCUGCUGUCAUAUCUUAAGGAUGUAAAUCAUCCUACUAUCAAAGUGGUAUUGAUCGUGGGGAAACAAAGCCGAGGGUUAAUCGCGAAUUCUAAGGAGCUGUCGGAGCGCUUUAAUCAAAAGAUCAUAGUAAUAGAGGAGACAGCACCGGACAGUAGUAGUACGGCAAGGACCAGUUCCGGUGAGAGCUAUUGCGUUGAUGAUCUUGCACCGGAAGCACUGCGCCGGGUGUUUGAAGCCCAUGAGCAUGUAACGCUGUUCGGGACGGUUACACCACUCAGCAGAAUUGUGCACCCAUCGGACGAGUUGAGCUUGUUGGUGGAUGUGCUAGAUGAGGUGGGCAUGCUGCGUGCUGGCGACCAUAAUGUAAACGAGCGCAACUAUGACGAAAUUAAGCGCUGGUACAUUCAGCGUACCUUUGAGCCGUUGGACGACAGCCCGGUAGAGCAGGAGAAUGUGGCACAACACAUCAGCCGACACCGCAACGUUUUUGCGUAUAGUGCGCAGGACGAUGUACCUUUUGCCCAAAUGGCUAAAUAUGUCGAUAAUCAUGAGGCAAGCACCAGCUCGGAGGUUGCGCGUGUUCUUGGCACGUACGAGGAAGACGUUGAUUCGCCCAGCUUCCCGCCGGCGCCGGAUGACAGCGGUGCCAAGGUGUGCAUUUUCCUGAACGAGGCAGGCCAUGGGAAAACGUGCUUCUUUACCUGGUUAGCUUGGCGGUUGGCCAAACAGAGCCCUACCCGGUACGUGGUAAAACUGAACGCAAUGGAAUACUCGACCGACUUCGAUCGGUUGGAUGGAAGCGGCAGGGAUGUGCCUGGCCUGGACGAUACAGUGCUGGCGAGGCUGCUGUAUCGGCUCGUUCAUCUGGCACUUUUCGUACCGAGUGUGCACCGGCAAACAAUCGAAGAAACGGACCUGCGCAGAGAGGAAGCCGAUCGGUGCGCAGCGCUGCUAACGGUGGCAGGUGGGCGAAUAAUACUGGAUGAGCUGAAGGCACAGCUGCUGCCAGCGAGCCAACUGAUCGAGUUGCGCCUGUUUCGCGAGAAGUUUAACGAACAGCAGCUCAUAUUGCUUCUCGAUGGGUUCGAUGAAACGGCACCAUACUAUAAGGCGGUGGUUAUGAGCUGCAUGGCACGGUUUGCCAGACUAGCAGGAGUGCGACGCAUCUAUCUGUCCAGCCGGCCGUGCGAUUUUGAACGCGAAUUCAAACACACCUUCCCCGAUUGUAGCAUCAAGCGAUUGCGACCGUUUUCGAGGGCUAACAUUGUACUGUCACUGCACAAAUUUCUUCUGAACAAUGUAGCGGGCUACAGGCGCUGUGAUACAGCUCACUCUACCCAUGUGCUGACCGUGCUGUAUGUUAUCAUUGUUGAGGCUUUGGGUGAUUUGGCGACUGUUCCACUGUUGCUGCACAUGGUGCAGGUUACCCUGCUGCCUGUGAUCGUGGAACACACAAAUUUUGAGUUACGUACGAUCUCGCAACGCAUGCUGGCUGGCGCCAAACUUGACACCCUGCAGCUGGUGGAACAUUUCAUCGAGCGGAAGAUAGAGCUGCUGAUGACGGUUAAAUCGGGAACGUCCAAUUCCGCCGCCAUGACGGCUGCGGCGAAAGCGCGUCACCUGUCUUACAGCAAAACGAUCAAGGAACGUCACGCCCUGCUGGCCGUGUGCGCCAUUUUCGAUCGAAGCAGCAGGGAGCGAUUGUUGUCCCGGCCGGAGCAGGAUAGCGUCAGCAGGCUGAUCGAGGAAGUGAUCCGGGGAGAAGAAAAAACCGGCAUUGUCGAUGGGAUACGGGACGGGGUGCCACAGUUUGCGCAUCGCCUGUUUGCGGAAUACUUUGCCGCAUGCUGGUUAAACCAAAACCGGGCACGGUUUAAGCAUGAGCGCGUGUUCCAAUCCCAGGCAGUAUGGACGCCCUCGCUAGAGAAAAUGCGCGACUUCCUGAAUCGAAUGAUACUGAUGGAGAGCGCGGGCUGCGAGCUGCACUGGACGCUGGUGAACAAAUCCAUGGGAGCGUUUCGAGCGCUAUUACACAACGCUCCUCCGGCUGCGAUGCUAACGACGAAAGAUUGCGCUGGCCGGCUUCCGUUGCAUCUGGUGGCGAAGAGCGGAAAUUCCGCCAGCGAACUGUUGGAAAGCAUGCCUGCCGAGCUUGUUAAUGCUACCGAUGACCUGUUCGGCUGGACUGCUCUGGACUAUGCAUUUCUUCUGCAGGAUGGUUUCGCGUUAAGGGAUCUCCUAGCAUGGGGCGCGCGGUUGAAUUUCGACAUCCUGCUGCAGCAGCUGUACUCCAACGAUGCGGAAAAUGUAUUUUACUGUGGCGCCAUCUAUGCCUAUUUCUUACGACGGUUUGCAAAUCCGCCCGAACUGGCGGAAGAAAUGUGCGCACGCGUGGUAAAGCAUCUUAUUCAGGUGCGCAAGCUAGAUAUAUACGCCCGGCGGCAAAAAUUCGAAUCCUUGUCGGUGCUGGAGUUUAGCACUGCCUGGAACCUGCGUGAUAUGUUUCAUCAGCUAGUUACACAGUCCGGUCCGCCGGCACAGGUUCUGCGCGGAGUGGUCGAUCGCUUGUUUCAGCUAGCAUUCGAGCGCAAGGCGCACGAUAUUAUCGACUAUCUUGCGGACCAUUGCCGCUUUCCCCUGCCCUCGAUAACUGACGGUCGGAGCGUUGUCGCGAGUGCCAGACGGGCAAUGGAAAACAAUCAGCUGGCGCGGUUCAAACUGCUGUUUCAGCAGCUAUGCACACGAUACCGGGUGGCAACGGUUGAAGAAAAUGAUAUUGUCGAUGAGGAAGCAGCGAUGGACGCUGACGGUGGCGAGCAGGAAGCGAUAGAGAUUGAACUACGACCAGGCGCAUGCUGUGUCAGUAGCAAGAAGAAUGUAGGACUCUCUUUGCCAGACCGUCCACUGUCAGCCGACCUUGAUACUGAUAAUCGUGACGAAAUCGUUGUGGAAUGGUUGCUCGCCACAGCGAAACACAUCGGAAACGUGCCGAUCGCAAGCUACAUACUGCAGAAAGCGAAGCUGGCCGUAACGAACCGGUUGAUAGUGACGGUAAUGCGCUUGUUCCCGCAAUCGAGUCGUGAUUUCUGUCACCGAAAGUCUGUACCGGCGUACAGGUACCUUCUGAGCAAGACACUCGAUCUGCACAGUGUUGAUGAGGAAGGACGCAAUUUGUUUCACAUGACCGCCCAGAACGGAUGCUUCUACAUGCUACCCUGCCUUAUUGCUACGGGCUUUGAUCCGCGGCAGAUCAAUGUGCGGAACCGGUGGAACGGCUUCCAUUACCUCAUGUCCAGUGCGGACAUGUUCGGAUGGCGCGCCUGCAAAGCGUUAGCAUUUUUCCAACGGCGUUCGGCACCGGUCGACGGUUUCGACACGCUCAGCACGGAAGGUGAAAGCGUUUUCGAUGUUGCCAUUGCCAACUCGGCCUGGCCCGCCGCACAGAUGCUAGUGCAAGCACAAUACAGCAGCCUUUCCUGUGGUGAAAAGGUGGAUGCAAUGGUUCGCUUCAUUGGCGGAAUGCUUCGGAAGCAUGGCGCAGAACGUACGUUGGAAUUUUUAUUUUUCUCCCGUGUGCACAGUUUGCCCAAUGCAUUCGUGGCCGAUCAGAUGUGGUAUGCUGUCUAUAGCUUCCUGAUUAAACAGAUACCGCUAGUGUGAUGCGCACCUUCGCUAUCGACGUGGUAAGUACUGUUCCGAGUGUCCAAUCGCACGCACUGUAAAAGCCAGGCUACAUGAUGCGAGAUGCCAAAAAUAUUUCGCGAAAAAGGUGAUUUUUCCGUCAGAAUCAUCUCGGUUCAUCUAGCCGCGUUGUUUAGAGUACUUCAUGCUAUCUCUCUCUCUCUCUCUCUCUCUUCAACCGAAAACUACCAUGGCAACGCAUGGAAGGUGACAGAGAGGGCUAGAGAGAAGCGAAAUCUUUCCGAGAUUUCAGCUCAAGGAGGCGAAAUCUUUUCGACGGAUAGAUUUCGCAUAACCCCCCCUUUUUGGCGAAAUCUUUUUGGCAUCUCGCAUCAUGUAGCCUGGCUUUAAAGCUAGAAUUACACACGAAACAUGCUGUUAUUUCGCUAAAUAGAACAAAUUCGUGUAUAAUUUCGAUUAUCAAUGAUGGAUGGCUGACUGGGGACAUUGUUACGCAACGUCUUCUUCUUCUUUAGCCUAACGACCUCUUAGGUCAUGUCUGCCAUUCCUAGCUUACUAGACUUAAAGGUACCACGUACCUCACUACGGGGGAACGGUCCGGAUGGGAUUUGAACGCCGGUCCUGCCGUUUGAAGACCAGCGCUGUUGUCGCUUCUACCACCGAGCCGCCCCGACGUUUCGCAACGUCCUUUGCCGUGUAUUUUAAGUUGUACCCUAGUUGAUCUCGACUUACUAACAUGCAGUCCAACAACUAAUAGACUCUUGAGGCGAUUGGCAGCUUAGCACGAAGUUACUGGUCAAUUUCGGUGAAGAGUUGUAAAUAGUAUUAGUGUGACGAUUUGUAGUGGGUAAGUAGUAUUAAGUAGAGAUUUAUGCGUAGCUAGAUCAUAGGAGAGAAAUACAGCCAUACACGAGAAGUCCAAGAGUACGCACGCAUUUGUAAGAACACUGCAUUCGGUUUGUGGUUGCGGUUGCGAGGCCUGCGGCAAAAGUGCUUUAACCGGCUCAAAGGUUUGCACUGUCGUCUGUCCAUUCGAUUCGACGCUCUCAAUACAUCUCAGUGUUUACGCCUCCUCUGUUACGCAUGUGGGCGAACUAAAAGCACUUUACGGGUUGGGCCGUCUGGUAUCAGGUCUCGUGACAUGACCAGCUCAACUGAAGCCUGCUUUGUCUAAUUCGCUACACCCCUCUAUUGGGCUUCCGGGGUGGGGCAACAAUUCUUCUGAAUAGCUUCUGCCCGUAAACGAGUCAAUCAAAAUAAAAUCGUCAGUUUCGAUAUGUAAAACAACAUGUCACAAAAAAAUGCGCAACGAUGAAACCCUACUCUCCUGGAUAAUUUUAAAAGCACUGCCACUCUUCCAAUAACCGCAAACAUAUUUAGCACGCUCAUUUUAUCCGUUCUACAGCAGUUUUAAAAGUGCGCUGGUCUUUUCCUGAUACUGUUUCUCUUCAGAAAUACCUUAAACGAUGCUACUAGUCUCGUGGUAUCGAGAAAAUGGUGUAAAUUCUUAUUUGAUUUGCAAUGACCCAUCUGAGACCCGUGAAUUGAGUUACCGUGGAAGGUGUCCUGCGAAGCGCAGGCUUCGACAUCCGAGGCACGAUUUUCAUCCGGUCUCUCCAAUUUCUUGACUUCGCGGGUGACAUCGACAUCAUCGGACGGACAUCUGCGGCGGUGUGCGGGGCGUACUGAAAUGCGAAUCCGAUAGAAUUGGUUCGAGGAGCAAUGCGACGAAGUCAAAGUAACUGCCUACCGGAGGCUCUGAUCGUGAUAGAGCAUGACUAUAAAGCAGAGUUUUGGUUGACGGUGAUGUUCUUGAGGUAGUAGAGGAGUUUUGCUACCUUGGCUCGCGUUCCUACUACGGGCCCCAAGAAACUCUUGUGGAGAAACACUGCUACGAUGCACGAAAUGCGCCAUAUAUCGCACACUGAUACGGCCGGUAGUCCUCUACAGGUACGAGUCCUGCACUAUGCUUGCAGAAGGACACCAAUGCACUCGCCUUCCUCGAGCGGCGGAUGCUACGGACUAUCGUUGGCGGUGUGUGCGAGCAGCGCUUGUGGAAGAGGAGAAUGAACCAUCCUGAAGGUUGCGAAAGCCAGAAAGAUACGCUGGUUAGGGCACGCUUAGAGGAUGCCGGACUCAUGCCCUACCAGGAAUGGUUGCUUGCCAGCAACCCGUUCUGUACAAGGCGUAGAGGAGCAUAGCGUGCUCGUUAGCUGGAUCAAGUGGAGUCAGGCAGGAGGGAGAUCGGAUGGAUGAGUGCAGCCAUGGCCUGUGUUUCCUGGAGCUGGAUUGGACACCCGACCCGGGAAUUGAAGUUUAAGACGAAUUGAAUUACAAAAAAUACAUUCCCAAUAAUAACUGUA